AUGACCCAGUUUGUCUCCAAAGAUGAGCUCCGUGCACGCUUCUGCGCAGCAUUGAGCGCCAUGUACCGCUCCGAGGUGCCACUGUACGGUGACCUCAUCGAGCUGGUUGACGACGUCAACGCCGAAACGGAGGCCAAGCCCGAGGAUCGCCUCAAGGUGGAACGUCACGGCGCGAUCCGCCUCGGCAAGCCCGAGGAACUGGUCAUGAUUUCGCGCCUCUUUGGGCAGAUGGGUAUGGAGCCCGUUGGCUACUAUGACCUCUCGACCUCUGGUGUGCCCGUCCAUGCCACCGCUUUCCGCCCUGUUACAGCUGAGGCUCUCGCAAUCAACCCCUUCCGCGUCUUCACGUCGCUCCUGCUUCCUUCCCUUCUCCCCGACGACCUCCGCGCCGAGGCUCAAGCCAUUCUUGCCGGACGCGAUAUUUUCCACCCACGCGUGCGCGACCUUGUCUCCAAGUCGGAGAUUGAGGGCGGUCUCAACGAGGUCGAUGCCAACGAGUUGGUCGAAAAGUCGCUCGAGACCUUCAAGUGGCACGACUCUGCUCUCGUCUCGCGCGACGUCUACAACCGCCUGCACGAGGCCCACACCCUUGUCGCCGACAUUGUGGCGUUCCGUGGCCCCCACAUCAACCACCUUACGCCUCGAGUUCUUGACAUUGACGCCGCCCAGGAGGGCAUGAGUGCGAGGGGCAUCACACCCAAGCAGAUUAUCGAAGGUCCACCUCGCCGCAACUGUGACAUUCUCUUGCGCCAAACCUCAUUCCAGGCCCUCACCGAGCCCAUCCGCUUCCCCGGUGAUGCACCUGGUGCGGCAGCAUCUGGCAGCCACCGUGCACGUUUCGGCGAGAUUGAGCAGCGCGGAUGUGCGCUCACCCGCAAAGGCCACAACCUCUACCUCGACCUCUUGUCCCGCACUGCGCCGGCCAUCGACAAUGCGCACCACCAGCACAACCUGGCCGAAGCCUUCAAGAGCUUCCCGGACUCGUAUGCCGAGAUGGUCGAACAGGACCUCGCGUACGUCGAGUACAAGCUCGUCGGCCCCCAGCCCACGUCUCCUACCCCCCUCUCUGAGCUUAUCAAGGCUGGGACGGUGGCGCUCUCGCCCAUCACAUACGAAGACUUUCUCCCGGCCUCGGCAGCUGGCAUCUUCCAGUCCAACCUGAACGAGAGCGACCGCAGCCGUUCCGCAUCUCCGGCUGCUGGUGAGGCGACUCGGGAGUACUUUUCCUCCCUCCUGCCCAUGCCCCUCCGCGACAGCUUCGCACUGCACGAGGAGAUCCAGAAGCGCAGCUUGACAAAGCUUGAGGCUGAGCUCGGGUACGCUUUGUAA